CACGACCAUGGCACGACCGCGCCUCGAGAGCAACACGACCGCCAAGCCCGACGACGACCGCGCCCGCCAUACGAGCCUGCCGCUGCUCGGCCUCCAAUCCUUCCUCAAGCCCAUGGAAGACGCCAAGCGAAGCUUGACGCCCGCCAAGGUGUCUCCGAUCGCAGCACAUGACGAGGCGCCGCUCGACUCGUGCAGCGGCCUCAAGGACCAGUUCCUGCGCCUCAAGCAGAUCUUCCAGAAGACGACACCCGAGACGAGUACCGAGGCCAAGACCGCCGAUGCGGCCAAAGGCCUGCGCCGCCUGAGCUUGGACAACAGCGUGUGGAUCGACCCACGCACGCUCCUGGAUCCGCACGUCUUCCUCUUCAAGCUGUUCGUACACGACCCGUGGUCCAACGGCGCCGAGCGCUGGGUCCUCGACGACGCCUGCUUGCGCGGGUACAUGACGUGCUGGACCAUCGAGACGGGCGGUGAGCUCGUAGUGCUCAUCGCCCGCACUAUCAAAGCGUUGAACGCCAACAUCAACCCCGACAUUGCACUCCAGUGGAUCGGGCGACAGCUCUGGGGCCUCACCAUCACACUACCGCUCGCUCGGAAUCGAGAGCUCACGAUGCAGCAUAUCACCGUCGCAGCGAGUAUCGACGUGGCGCUGGCCAAGAUGGUCAAGGUCGUAUCGCCCGAGCCCAACAAUGCCAACCUCCCGCCACCCACGUCACCCCGAAAAGCGCCGCAUGAAGCGCCGGAAACGGCGUUGGCCGAGGUGUCGUUGGGACCGAGCCACAUGCGAAGUCUCUCGAAUGACACAACGACACCGACGCGGGCGGUGGGGCACAGCCGAAGUUUGUCGAGCGAUGCGACGAGCCAGCACCUCCGAAGCCUCUCGGGGGACCUUCGAGCAGAAGUCCACGACAUUGGUCGGCUCCUCGCGCCGCCGCGGUCCCCGACAUCGUCAUCGAGCUCGUCGACAACGAAAACGUGGCAUGCGCUCACGACGCCCGGCCCCGCGCUGUUGGACGACGACCCAUUUGCCCGCUGCGCACCAGAGAAAACCGGGUGGCUCAAGAAACGCAGCACUGGCUUGAACUCGUGGCAGCUGCGCUGGUUUGAACUCAAGGGCAAUCGACUCUACUACUUCAAGCACGAAAAAGAUGGACUCCCCAAAGGCGCCAUCGUACUCGACAAGGUCUACUGUAUUCGCGGUGCGGCCGGGGACCCGUCGCCAAGCCUCACGAUCUCUCCGUCGGGCGCCAACUCGAUUUGCAUGUUCAAAUUCAGCGACCGACUCGUGCACCACGUCUUCAGUCGCCGAUCCUGUACGCUGCGUGUGCCCGACGACGACGAGAUCGAGCUCAACGCGUGGAUCAACGCCAUCUGCCGUGCGUCGUUCCAGUGCUACCUCAAUGUCCCUACGGCCGACGCCAACGUCGACGAGAACGAGUUGUACAAGUACAGUAGUUUCCAGUAUUUGCGCGAGACGGACCCACUCUUAUGGGAAAUCAACCCCCUCGACCAAAGCGCGAUCAAGAAAAAAGCGUCCGUCGCCCGCACCAAGACUGAGUACACGUACAUCAUGUCCAAGUACGCGCACGUCCUUCGCCACAUUCUCUUGCCGCGAGCACGCCCCAUCAGCAUUGAGCAAACGCUGCGCGACAUCAUUCCGGAGCUGUUUCUCAUCAACAACAUUUUGUACGGGGGUGAAACCGAGAGCAUUGACGACAUCUUUCACGUCCUUGAAGGCUACGUCAAGCGCUUUGCGUCGACCCACGACGCGUGCGUCACUGCGGUGAGCGCGGUCCUUCAAGCCUGUGCGCGCACGAUUGCCGGUGGCGACUCGUUCCUGGUGAUCCGGACGCUCCUUGGCCAUGGCGCUGGCGAUACGCUCAUUCGCCCGGCCGACUCGCACGGCGCGCCCAUCGUGAUUGACAUUUCGAGUGCGACGCCGUCUCUCUUUACGAUCACGCUCUCGAGCGUCUUUGUGUUUCAUUUGCUCGACGACGUCGAGAAGAUGACGGAAGACGACUCGAUCGAACCGCUCUUGCGCGUGCAAACGCUCCACGUCCAAGAGAUGGACCUCCUUCUCGGCAAGUCGACGCGGCACCUCAAGAUACGGCAGCUCGCGGCCGACGACGAGCGAAUAGGAGGCGACCUCGCGAGUGGCAGCAGUCGCAGCACCACGUACGACUAUGGCGCGCUCCUCGACGGUCUCGCGUAGGUAAAAUACCCUCAAGUUAGAAGACGAUCCUAGUCGCUGUCGUUCAAAAUGGUGGACUACAUUGGUCAACACGAAUGGCUAAGAGGGUGACGGGCAUGUCAGACGCCAGCUCUAU